CGGGUACGGCUCAUUGUCCGACUAGUGCUCAUUCUCCGAGUACGGCUCAUUGUCCGACCAAGGCUCUGUGUCCGACUAGUGCGCAUUAUCCGAGUACGGCUCAUUGUCCGACUAGUGCUCAUUGUCCGAGUACGGCUCAUUGUCCGACCACGACUGGCCAUCCGUACAUACCGGCUCCUAUACAGGAUUCGUUUCUCCGAGCAUAUGUGGAGCUGUCUGAGCGGGGUUAUAAGGAGCAGGAAGCCUCACCCUGAUCAGCAACGCAUCAACACUUGUACCUGGUGCAUAUAUGUGGAUGCGGAUGUGUGUUCCGCUGUGAGAUAGCCCUGUGUGUUUUUGUUCACCCUGCAUCCGUUCAGCUGUAGUCAGAGUGUCUCGAUAACGACUGCCUACAACCGGGGCUCCUGGACAGAGUCAUGGAUGUGAACUGGUGUGGAAUGUUACAGAGACAUGCUGAUUUCAAGAAGUGCACCGUGGAAUACCACGACCUGAGUCAAAUGGGACCGCAGCAUGAUCUCACGUUCAACUUCAAAGUCAAGCUCAACUGUAACGAUCGACCUGAAGAGCAGGCCGUAGCUAUGGGCACUGGCAAGACGAAGAAAGAAGCCAAAGCUAAGGCUGCACAAGCAUGGAUGGCACAAUUUGGCACAUUUAGGAAGGUACCUUUUCCUGGAGCCCCGAUCACCAAUGAGACGCGUGAAUUGCUGCAGUAUAUCCGUGCACGUCGUAGCCCUGAGAUCUCCACAAGUGAUUCUCAGACACCGAGCGGAGCCGAGCCAAGGUCAGAGGACUUUGUAGGCAAAUUACAGGAAUUGUGUCAGAAGAAUAACUGGCCUCUACCGUGGUACACCUACCUGGACGCACAGCCUAACCACAUUUGCUGUGGCAAUGUGACCGUGGUGAGAGAUGAUGGGGAAAUUCUCAUACGUCUGACAGGUUACGGGACCUCUAAGAACGCUGCAAAACGUGAAGCAGCUGAACGGAUUCUACAACUCACGCUGUCGAUUACACGGCUCGCAGACCUAGAGUCUGUGGAUUGAAGAGGACCAUGUCUGCGACCAUAGACACGAGAUACACUAACACCACUUCUAACCAUUCAGUUAUAGCUAACGGAGACUUGUGCUCAUGGAGCAUGGCUGUGCUCGUGUUGUUGACUGUUAUCUUGUUUGUGUAUGGCUUGUAUUGCAUCAAUGUGCUAUGUACAAGAAAGAGAAGAUAUGCGAGUUUGCCUGAGAUCACAGUAUGAAUGUACAAUGCAUGCAAAUGUUUCUUUGCAAAUAAACACCCAAAGACUUCAA